AGGAAGUAUCAGAAUCCUAGAAGAGAAGGCCGGGGCCUGUGGUGAUCUGCGGCAUAGCGAAGCUAAACUGAAACGGCAAAAAAAUAAAAAUAAUACAAGAUUAAAACACCAGAAAUCGCGGAACAGGAGAACACGAAGCACAAAACAAGUACAUCUCCACUAUAACAAGAACCCGUCUUCCGGUGGAGCUCGCUCGCUCUCCUUGCCUCAGAGUCCCUGCCUUGCUCUGUGUUCCCAGUCCUCCUGGACAUCCAGCGUUCUUUGUUUGAAGGAGCUCCUGCACUUUACUUUGGCCAUGGCAGGUCGGGGAGGCGUGGCGCGAUCAAACGGGCCGGCUCCUGGAAACAAAAUCUGCCAGUUCAAACUGGUACUCCUCGGGGAGUCUGCUGUCGGCAAAUCCAGUCUGGUGCUGCGCUUCGUCAAGGGACAGUUCCACGAGUACCAAGAAAGCACAAUCGGGGCUGCCUUCCUCACACAGACGGUCUGUUUGGACGACACAACGGUAAAAUUUGAGAUCUGGGACACGGCCGGGCAGGAGCGAUAUCACAGCCUGGCGCCGAUGUAUUACAGAGGGGCUCAGGCUGCCAUCGUUGUUUAUGACAUCACUAACACAGAUACAUUUACACGAGCUAAGAACUGGGUAAAGGAGCUUCAGAGACAAGCCAGUCCUAACAUAGUGAUCGCUUUGGCAGGCAACAAGGCUGACCUUGCAAACAAGCGAGCCGUGGAUUUCCAGGAAGCGCAGGCGUAUGCAGAUGACAACAGCUUGCUGUUUAUGGAGACUUCUGCAAAGACGGCAAUGAACGUCAAUGAAAUAUUUAUGGCCAUAGCCAAGAAGCUGCCCAAGAACGAGCCCCAGAGUGCCACUGGCACAGCGAGCCGAUCUCGAGGCGUGGACCUACAAGAGAACAGUAGUCCACAAAGCCGGAGCCAGUGCUGCAGCCCCUAACCGAGCAGGCAUCCCAGAGAGAGAGAGAGAGAGAGAGAGAGAAACACAACGACAACAAACAAAUCCAACUGAAAUCCAUUCUAACUAAUCGCACUUAACAGACCAAGCAGCUGACUAUUUUUUUUUUGUUGUGUUUUUUUUUUUUUUUUGCUGCUUUUGAUUUCUCUUUGAUCAUAGGCUGGAGGAAUUAUUCCACCACGUCGUCAUCUUUUUUUUUCUGUACAAAUACUAAUUCAAUUUUAUGUUUUAAGUCACUUUUUUAAUAUAUUAUAUGAACUUCUGCUCUUGCCUUCUCUUCCGGUGGCGGAUGCAUGUAGUGAUUUAUUCACCCCCGCCCCCCUCCAAUUAAGGGUCAGGGUGGUACUCUUUCCCUUUCAGACUUGGCAAUCUUGUAGAUUUAUUAUUAUUAUUAUUAUUAUUAUUUGUAUUAUUAUUAUUAUUAUGAAGCAAACAAUACAGGAUAUAAUUAUUAGCUUUGACAUUAUACUGUGUUCCAAUCAUGUAUGUAAAGCAAAACUAUAGUAUAUACAUAGUAUAUUAACAGUCAUUAUUUACCAGUCAGUAAUUUUGGCAUUAAGUGUAACAUUUGGGAUCUAUGAGGAAAAGAGAAAAAGUCUGAAAAUUUUUACCAAGUCACACAAUUGAGUUUUGGAUUGGGUUUUUUUUUUUAAAUGUGUUUUCUUCAGCAUGUAAUCAAUCAGUAAUUACUAUUGUCAAUACAGUACCUUCCCAAUA